AUGGAUGCACUGGUUCGCAUAAGUCCGGACAUGAAGAGCAUGGAGCGGGAGCUGCGGUGCCCGGUGUGUCAGGAGCUGGUGAAGCAGCCGGUGGUGCUGCCCUGCCAGCACAGCGUGUGUCUGCUGUGCGCCUCCGAGGUCCUGGUGCGGAGCGGCUACCCAGCCCCGGACCUCCCGCCCGAGCCCAACUCGCCCGCCUCCACGCCCAACACCCGCUCCCCGCGCCAGGCCCGCCGGCCCGCGCCCAAGGCUGAGCGCAUGGACCGCGUGCUCCGCGCCGGUGAGUCUGCGCCGGGAGCGCCACGCUGUCACAGCGAGGGAUUUGGGACGUAUCCGGGGAGGAGGCGCAAGGAGGGCCCGCCCCCCGUGGUGCUGUUCCCCUGCCCCCCCUGCCAGAGGGAGGUGGAGCUGGGGGAACGGGGGCUGGCCGACUGCCUGCGGAACCUCACUCUGGAGCGCAUCGUGGAGAGGUACAGACACACAGUGAGCCUGGGCUCCGUGGCCAUCAUGUGUCAGUUCUGCAAGCCGCCCCAGGCCCUGGAAGCCACCAAAGGCUGCGCCGACUGCCGGUCCAGCUUCUGCAACGAGUGCUUCAAGCUGUACCACCCGUGGGGCACUCCCCGCGCCCAGCACGAACGUGUGCCCCCCACCCUCAACUUCAGGCCCAAGGUGCUGACGUGUCCGGAGCACGAGCAGGAGCGGCUGCAGUUCUACUGUAAGCCCUGCCAGCGGCUGCUGUGUGCUCUGUGCAAGCUGCGCCGUGUUCACACCGGACACAAGGUCAUGCCCAUCGCCCACGCCUACCAGACUCUCAAGGACAAGAUCACCAAGGCGAUCAACUACAUCCUGGCCAAUCAGGACACCAUCCAGGCCCAGAUUACACAGCUGGAAAAUGCCAUGACACAAACUGAGGUGAACAGCAGCUUGGCGCGGGAGCAGCUGGCCCAGUGCGUGCGGGAGCUGGCGGCGGCGCUGGAGGAGCGGCGCGGGGCCCUGGGCCAGGCCGUGGAGGGCGCGCGGCUCCGGCGGACGGGGGCGCUGGCGGCCCAGGUGACGGAGAGGCAGAGUCUGCUGGAGCACGCCGGCCUGCUGGCCUUCUCCCAGGAGCUGCUGAAGGAGACCGACCCGCCCUGCUUCAUCCAGGCUGCCCGCCUCACGCACGGCAGGCUGAUGAAGGCCAUCGAGUCACUGCAGUGCUUCUCCCUGGCGGCAGAUCCCUCAUUCAGACACUUCCAGCUGGAGAUAUCCCGGGAGCUGAAGCUCCUCAGCCACCUGGACUUCAUCCGCGCCCCCCUGGCCCCCGUGAUUGACACACAGCGCACUGUGGCCUACGACCAGCUCUUCCUGUGCUGGAGGCUGCCGCAGGACUCCGCCCCCGCCUGGCACUUCUCCGUGGAGUUCCGGAGGCGCGGCGCGGGGGUCCGGGGCCGGGCGGGGCCGGGCGGGGGCCACGGGCGGUGGCACCUGCUGGACGAGGUGGCCGGGACCAGCGCCGUGAUCGACAGGCUGGAGACCAACUGCGUGUACGUCCUCCGGGUGAGGGGCUGCAACAGGGCCGGGUUCGGAGAGUACAGCGAGGAGGUGUACCUCCACACGCCCCCCGCGCCAGUGCUGAGUUUCUCUCUGGACCCUCGCUGGGCGCUCCACACGGAGAGGCUGGUGGUCAGUAAGGAGCAGCGCUUCGCCCGCAGCGUCCCGGGCCUGUCCCUGCUGCAGGCGGCCGACCGCGCCCUCACUUCCUGCCACCUGACCUCCGACCUGCUGCUGGGCGACGUCGCCCUCGCCCAGGGACGCCACUACUGGGCGUGCUCAGUGGAGCCCGGAUCCUACCUGGUCAAGGUGGGAGUGGGUCUGGAAUCUCGACUGCAGGAGUGGUUUCACCUGCCUCAGGAUAUGCCGAGCCCCCGCUACGACCCCGACAGCGGCCACGACAGCGUGGCCGAGGAAGCCCUGGAGUUCCCGCCCCCCUUCGCCUUCCUGACGGUGGGCAUGGGCAAAGUCUUCCUGCCGCAGACGGUGAACUCCGCCGCCUGCUGCCCCGGCGACCCCGUCGGCCUCGACGACGGCCCCCCCUCGCCCCCGGGGCUCGCCGUCCCCCUGCCCCCCCGGCUGGGGGUCUGCCUGGACGUGGAGAAAGGGCGAGUCACGUUCUACGACGCCCACUCUCUCCGGCCCCUGUGGGAGGGGCCCGUGGACUGCUCCGCCCCCGUCUGUCCGGCCUUCUGUUUCAUUGGCGGAGGGGCGCUGCAGCUGCAGGAGCCCGUGGCCAAUCGGAACGCGGAGCUGGCCCCGCCCAGAAGGGUCACCAUCCAAUCGCGUGGCAGCAAUAUGAACAACUGAAAGGAGAGAUCUGAAUAACCGAAUGAAAUGUUCGUUAGCCUAUUUUCAUUAUCAGAGCAACAUGUAAAUAUCAAUCGCCUGAGUUGUUUUUUUACUUUGUCAAUAAGGAAUAGUUUGCUUUUUAUAAAAUCAAUUUAGGAAAUUUAGGGAAUUGUUAUUUAUUUUGUAAUAUUUUUGUUCAUAUUUUUCAUUUUCAGUAAGACUAUAGCUUAGGUUGGCAGAUGCCAAUCAUAUUUAUGCGAAUACUGUAUAUUUAAACUGAGAAUGACUCAAUAUAAACAAUAUAGUCUGGCUAAGUAUGGAGUUUAUCUGUAUAAGUGCAAGACUGCAAAACCAAGGAAAUUUUAAUUCCUUUAUUACUCUAUUGUUCUACUUAAGCCUGUUCCACUAGAGCCGUUUUGUACUCAGCUGCACGGAAAGGAGAACAGACGAUCCUCGUUUUUAGACUAAAGCGCUUGCCUCCAUUAUGUUUCACACAAGAAAGACAGCGUCUGCAUCUCACACUUGUAUUUUGUACAGAUUAACCGUUCAUUAAUUUCACUGAAGUAUUCAGACUGUUGACGAUAAUACAGGGAUUAUACAGCCUUUACAAUCAUAUGCAAAUGGACGUCUUUUCCUAUUAUGACAAUUGUGUUCAUGUUCACUAUUAUUAUUAUUCUUAUUUUAUGAUUAUUAUUAUUAUUAUUACUUGAGAUUUGGGAUGAGGAAAAAUAUUACUUCAGUUGUGUACUUUUAAUCAGAUACCAAUGAACCUGUUCCAGGUGAGCUUUGCCUUUUACUGUGUGUGUGUGUGUGUGUGUGUGUGUGUGUGUGAAAGGAACUGAAGUAAAAAAUCUGAAUGCCCCAGACAGUUUUAACCCUUACAGCUAUUAUUAUUAUUAUUAUUAUUAUUAUUAUUAUUAUUAUUAUUAUUACUGCUACUAUUGCUACUACUAAUUGUAAUAAUAAUAAAUACAUGAAGAAGAAAUGGAAUUGGUUUUGUUAUAUAAACCAGUGACAGGAAUGACUUUAGAAUGUAGCUUUUUUUGGGUAUUCAUUUAGACACUGUAAACCUUAAAAUUAAAGGAAAAAUAAAUGACAAA